GAUGGUACUUGUCAAGGUAAAGAUAUCUGCCCGACCGGCCUCCUUCCGCGUGAUAAAAAUAUCGGGCUUACACACAAUGAAUUGGCCUUGGUUCAACUUGCCAACAUGAUAAAUGCCAUCUGUGUUGACCCCGAGUUGAAUACCAACGCUAUCAGCAGGCCAACUCUCCCCGGCCAGCCUCUCCUGAUAGCCUCUGGCAAGCAAGACAGUGACCAUCAAGAGGUGACGCAAGAGUUCGACUUGCCAGAGAAGCCUGAGGAGUGCAUCUACGAUGAAAAUGUUAACGAGGCAAGCACAUGUCGUCCGGGCCUGGUGGACCAUGUAAAGACAGAGGCGCAGCAACAGAAAUUGGAUUUAUCAGCUCGGCCGGAUGAAAAUUCGGCCAGCCUGUCCGGGCCGCAAGCAUCUGAACGGGAGACGGAAAGCUUGGCCCAAUUGUCCACAUCAACGCUAGAACUUGAGAGUUCGACCCAAAUUAGGGUAAGGCAUCUGGCUCCACAAGUAGUCAUUUUUCAUUUCUCCUAUAUUUUCCCAUCCCAUUUUAUCUGUCUAAUUUUGUAUUCUAAAUGCUUUCCAUAUGCUGCAAUGCUAUCCGGCGUGUUAAUACUCCUUUUUAUCGUAAAAUUCCCUGCAAUUAAUACGUUGACUAAUAAGUUAUUUAAUUUUCUGCAAUUGUUGAUUUGA